AUGUCGAUCACCUCAGCAAGCGGCCUUAUGUCACGCUACUCUCAAUUAUCGGACCACCGGUCGUCAAUUGACGAUGAGAAUGAGAAAGAAAUGGCAUUCAAACUGCAGCACGACGUCGAAGCUGCCGACAAUCAACGUCCUCGGUCUGGAGGGGCGGAGAAAAAGGCCUCGCGAUGGAUUGAUGGUCGAACCGUUUCCGAUGCAAUUAUCGGUCUCUCCGAUGGCAUGACAGUUCCAUUCGCCUUAACUGCGGGACUGUCAGCUCUGGGGGACACCAAGGUGGUCGUCUUUGGCGGUAUGGCUGAGCUUAUCGCAGGCGCCAUCUCGAUGGGCCUGGGCGGCUACCUCGGUGCAAAGAGUGAAGAAGAGUCAUACAAGGCUACGUUGAAGGAGACUGAGAACCAGACCAUGGUCGAUCCCGCCUCAGUGUCGACCACCAUUGAGGACAUUUUUGAGCCCUAUGAGCUCCCUGCUGAGCUGGUUUCUCAACUCACCAACCACCUAUCGGCCUCCCCGAUGCUCCCAUCCUUCCUCAUGAACUUUCACCACACUCUACCAGAGCCUUCAGAUUCUCGUGCGGUCAUUUGCGCCCUCACCAUCGCUCUGGGUUACUUCAUCGGUGGAUUCGUCCCUUUACUCCCCUACUUUUUUGUGGGUCCUGAGGACGCUUUCAUCGCACUGCGUUGGUCCAUCGCCACGAUGGCUAUUGCACUGUUCUUAUUUGGAUAUGGAAAGACCUGUUUUGUGAGCGGAUGGGCUGGCCGACGAAAUAUUCGAAAAGGGGUCGUCGGUGGUUUUCAGAUGGUCUUGGUCGGUGGUGUGGCUGCCGGUUCCGCGAUGGGGCUCGUCAAAGCCUUUCAACUACUGGCCCAUGGUUCUGGCCAUGCAAAGCAAGAUUAA